AUGGGUGGAGGUCGUGCGGCAUCGACACGCCGCUUUUCACAAUAUGGUGGUAUGCAUACUAUUGGCGCCGGUUGGCCAGUAUUCGAAUCAAAUGAAUUGAAUCAUGGUGUAUCCAGACGAAGAGCGUUAGAUCUAUAUGGAACAAGACAAGUAUUACAAUCACACGAGCAAAUGAAAAGAAGACCAUUGCCGAUUAUACAACUUGACAGCCAAAUAGAAGACCAUGGUCUUCUAGCCCCAGAAGAUUACUGA